AUGUCUACUGAUACAAGCCAAGUUAAAGUAAAGUUUUUCACCCGUGAGAAGGAUGAGAGCUUACAUGUGGAUGAUGUCCCCAUGUAUGCUCCCAUCUCAUUGAAGAGAUAUGGUCUAUCUGAAAUUGUCAACCAUUUAUUGGAGAGUGAGACCCCUAUUCCAUUUGAUUUCUUGAUUGACGGUGAGCUGUUGCGUACAUCUCUUCAAGAGUACUUGACCAAGAAAGGUUUGUCAAGUGAAACUACACUUACAGUCGAGUAUACUAGGGCCGUUCUACCGCCAUCUUUCCUAGCAAACUUUAACAACGACGAUUGGGUCAGUGCUCUGGAUGUCAGCGACGAUUUCAGACAUAUCUACAGUGGGUCUUAUGACGGUGUGGUGCGUACUUGGAAUAUGUCAGGAAAAGUCGAGAAACAAUACAGCGGACAUACUGGUGCCGUUAAAGCUGUCAAGUACAUUUCCAAUACAAGAAUUGUAUCCGCUGGUAAUGAUCGUUCUUUGAGAUUAUGGAAAACUAAGAAUGAUGAUGGUAGUGUGAGUAAUAAUACUGGUGAUGAGAAUGACGAAGAGAAUAUCGAAGAUGGUAAGACUCUAGCUAUCUUGGAAGGCCACAAAGCUCCCGUUGUCUCUCUAGAUGUGGCCUCCAACUCUAGAAUAUUAUCUGCAUCUUAUGAUAAUACUGUGGCUCUAUGGUCCACUAUAUAUAAGGAGAUGACAGCCAUUGAUCAUCUUGAAGAAAUCCAGAACCCAAACAACAAAAUAUCAACCGCUGCAAAGAAAAGAAGAAAGCUGACUUUGAAGGACGGUACGAUCAGAAGACGUGCUCCAUUGUCCUUGCUUGAAUCCCACACAGGCCCUGUUGAACAAGUCAUCUUUGACCAUGGCGACAACACUGUCGGUUAUUCUGUUUCACAGGAUCACACAAUAAAAACUUGGGAUUUAGUGACAGCCAGAUGUAUCGAUACCAAGACCACUUCUUAUCCACUACUAUCUAUAGCACAAAUGCCAACUCUAAACUUACUAGCAUGUGGCUCAAGUGUAAGACAUAUUACUUUGCAUGAUCCUCGUGUAUCAUCUUCCGCUAAGAUCACUCAAAAGCAACUCGUAGGACAUAAGAACUUUGUUGUUGGUCUGGAUACCUGCUCUGAAAACGAAUACUUGUUAUGCUCUGCUUCUCAUGAUGGUACAGUCAAAGUAUGGGAUGUCAGAUCGACCUCUCCAAUGUAUACUAUAACAAGACAAGAUCCAACAGUAGAAAAAGGUGUAAACGAUAAAGUUUUUGCUGUUAAGUGGGCUAAAAGCAUAGGUAUCAUCAGCGGUGGUCAAGACAAGAAAAUUCAAAUAAAUAAAGGUGAUAAUAUCUUCAAGAACUAA